ACACUUAUUUUAUCAGAAGUUUUAAGAUGGAGAGAUGACAAAGGUCAGCUGUCAGUCUCAAAUCCUCUUUCAGUUUAAAGGAGGAAUGUUUCCCUCUCCUCCACUCAGUCCAACAGAGGUCGUCGUGUUGGAGGAUAAAAGGGGAAGUCAACCUGAAAUCACUUCCUUUUCUCUUCUCUGUCUAUAAAAAGAUGUAUACAACAACGCUCUGGUCGGCUCAAAGUUUUCACUACUUCUCGUCUGAGUCUGAAUACUAACCGGAAACAUUUCACGCUGUUCAGUGUAAGAUGUGCAGGUAGAAAAGCUGCUGGCUGGAUCAACAAAGGCUGACCACAGAGGAGACAUGGAAGCUGUGGUUGGACUGUUGCUGAUGCUACUCGGAGUCUCUCAUGGUGUGGAAACCUACUGUGACGGCCGACAGGAUGGAGCUCAGUGUUAUGGAGCUUUGGGAGGAACUGUGGUCCUCCAGCUGAUGGACAACGCCUCAGAAAUAUUUAGAUACACAUGGUCAAUCAAACCAACAAACAAAACAACAAAAACAAAUACAACAACAAUACUCCAUGGGAGAAAGAACGUGACUGUGUCUAAUUUGAUUGCAAACAGAUCCAUCUUUACUCCUAGUAAUGGAACAUUUAGGAUCAACAACCUGAACUGGACUGAUGGAGGUGAAUAUGAACUUCUAACCUUUGAUUCAGAUGGAAAAGAAUCAGAGCAGCGGACUCUACAGUUGACCAUUCAAGACUUCAUUAACUGCACCUUAACCAACGGGACUCACAUUUCACAGUGGGUAUUUCAAGCCAAAAAUAUCCCGUGUAUUCAGCCAACAACAUCUCCUCCCAUGAGAACCUCCACGGGUAAGACGACUGGCAUCACAGUGUCAAUUAACCCCCGCACUAAUAACACAUCCUACAAUCACAGCGAUGCCCAAUGGUACAUUAAUUACUUGCUGAUAAUGGCCGGUGUACUGGUUGCGUUGGUUAUUCUGUUAGUGGUCGGGGUGGCUGUCGUCUGUGCUCAGAAGAAAAAGAGAAGCAACAAACCAAAAGAAGAAGAAGAAGACAAUGAACUGACCUACGCUGAUGUCAGGUUCGCGCAACGGCCGGGGAGGCAGAUGCCGCAAAGACCAGAGACGGAGGGGGAGGUGGAGUACGGCCAGGUCAAGUUUUCAGAGCGACCUCAGCAGACUGUUGAACCAGCAGGAGAUGAAUGUGUGUACGCCAAGGUCCGUAAAGACAGGUGAUUCACGCCGUUUAGUGUCAUUCACAAAGACUGCACCGCUGAAGACUGAGAGAGGAGUUGCCUAACACUCUUCACCUUCAUUUGAUGUGAUGUUCAAAAGGAAAAAAAUAUAGAUACAGUAUUAUUAUUCACCACUUUUACCUCUGGGAUGAACAAGCUUCAAAGUAUCAUUUUCAUCACCAUCAUCAUCAUCAUUAUUUGAAUUCCAGUUUGGCUACACAUAUUUUUACACCCUCUCUUUGUAUUAACAUUAUGUUCUACUUCUCAGUUUUUACUCAUUUUUAAUUUAUGAGCAUAUUUACGUUUAUAUCAUUAUUAAAACAAUGUACAUUUGCCAAAGGCUAACAUUUUAAGAAUAAUGUUAAUGUUACAAUGUAUUUGGUUUUAUUACUCCACAGCCAAAAUGGACACUCUAAAGCACUCUGACACGCUGUCAUCUGUCCGUUCAUGUUCUGUGUUUUAAUUUCACAUCAAAGGGAUAAAGUAGGUCUUUCCUUAGAGAUUUCUUAUAGGUUGUAUGCGGGUUAAUCUCACAUCAACCAUGCUCUUGUCCUUCGGCUCUGUCGCCAUACAGUAAGAUAAGUUUGCCGAGAAAUGUCUUGUGUCUCAGGAAGUUUGCAGUAAAAGUAACCACCUAUUCGUUUCCAUGAUGUAACACUUCUGCUUUGUCUUUGGCAUGUGCUUUUACUCUUUCAGAAAUGGUUUAUCAGUUGGAAGGGGUGAUUUUAAGACCUUACAUCAACCCUGUAUCAGUUAAUGGUGAAAUAUCCCCGUAAUGUAAUGAUAAAUAAGAGUGGCUUGUGGACUUUUAGUCAUACUUUAAGACAAACGUUAGUGGGCUGGGGGACAUAGGUAAUAAGCAGUCUUAAUAAAUUAUUGCACAGGAUUGCCUGCAACAGUAGGCUACAUGCAAGUUGCUUAGUGUUUCUUAAUACAGUGAUUUAGCAGUAAAAGGAGGAACACCUUCUUAAGGAGGGUGCUGUUCUCUUUUUCUCCUUUACUGAAACAAGUGGGGACAAAUGUGGUGUGAGAAUAUUAACUACGUGUCAGAUUCUUACAUGCACUGUUUAUCUUUUAGCACCAUCAGGUUUUUUCUAUGGUUUGACACGUUUCCUCUUCUUAUCAUUUGCAGUUUCCAAGGUAUCACUACUGAAAUAUAGAUACCUGUAGUUAAACCUUAAACAUUGCGAAUUUUAAUUAACUGUAACAAUUCAGGGUUUGAGUCAUUUUUGGGCUCUGACCUUCAGGUCUGGAGAAGAAACUUUCAUACAUUAUGGAUUUUUAUGCUACCUUUUUGUGGGUUAAUAGAAUGUCAGUUGAACGCAGUGCACUUCCUGCUGUUUCAAGAUCUAAUGUUAAGCAGUUAGUCAACCAACUAUCAAAAAGGUUUGUAAUUAAAAAGCAAACAUGGCAAUUUGUCUGGAAUUAAACUGAACUACAUGCAACUGAGGACCUUACAGAAAAUAAUGCACAAGAAAAUGUAAGUUCUUAGGUAUGGGCUCUGAGUGCCCAUCAUAUUCCUGUAAGAUGCUCUAUUAACUAAUCUAAAUAUAUCUGAAAUUCUGGUUUUGCUGUCUCUUCUCAAAGACCUAAUCUUUUCUAAGUUAACCAUUGUGCAGUGUACAAGCUCCAGCCCAUAGGAGGAAGUGCUAGACCUAACAAUAAAUGGCCGAGCAGUUAGAAUAAGCUCUCAUGGAUUGAGUUAAUGUUUGUUCUCAUAAUGGAAAUUUCGGAGUAAUAACUUUUCAUAUUAUUAAAGCUGCUAUUGCAUCUGCUACAGUCUUUUGGUAUGGACUGGGUCAGGAAGUGUACGGCCCAACCUUUGAUCCUCUUGUCUCAGCUCAGUAUCACCCUCUGAAACACUUCAGGAUCUACCAUAAUGUAAUGAUUCUUUUUAUUUUUUGGGGGGGCAUUUUAGGCCUUUAUUGAUGGGACAGCUAAAGACACAAAGCGGAGUGACAGUGGGUAUGACAUGCGCCCAGCCUAAUGUAAAGCGGUUUGUUUGUUUGAGCUCUGUUUUUUUUAUGAUUUGUGACUUCUGUUUCCUAAAAAAUCAUCUAUUGUCAUUAUGUGUAAGUUUUGCUUUUAUAGGUAAAGUGCUACCGUGUGAGUUGUUUGUUUGCUGUGUAUUUAAUCAAAGACAGAGGUUACAUGAGUGGUUUGGUUUGUGUCGUGAGGUUAAAGAUCAUUUAGCUGAAUCACAGCUAUAAAUAGGUGUUUAUGGUUCAUGAUAGUUGUAAAAAAAACAGUUGAACGCUCUUGUUGAAAACAGUUGUACUUCUGACUGACAAAGUCUACUGAGCAAAUGAUUAACAACACAGGUGAAGUGUAAUAAAACUGCUCCAACAAUCCAGUAUCCUUUUUGCCAUUUGAUCAGUAAGCCAAUACUACUUUGUUCAAUUUAAUAAUUGUAUGAGAAUUACAUUGUUUAGUAUUGUUGCAGCUAAUAUCUGUGCAACAUAGGUAAUCAUGUUGAACAAUAGCUCUUGACAGGUUUGGUUGAACCACAAUUAAAAGUUUAUUUUUCCCCCCAUAAAAAGCAGGUGAUAUUUUCUUUGUCAUAUGAUGUUACACUGCCAUGCCAAAUGUCUUUAUUUAUAAAAACCAAGACUGGUGCCAAUUCUUCAAUUCUGUGCACAUCAGUUUUUGAAUGAUGAUAUAAUUGUGGGUUACUUAUAAUUUAAUAUGCAAAGAAUGUGUCAGCAACAAUUUGUAAAUAAAGCAAAUUUAAAGU